CGGAUAUGGAAUGACGUUUUGCGCCAACUACACAGGAAGUGCUUGUCUGCUAUUUAUGUGGAACCAGUAAUUCUUACAAUGCAUCCUGAUCUUUCCGCUCAUCUUCAUUCUGCUGAAUGUAAUGAAAUUAUUAAUGCAUUCCAGCAGUGUCAUGUCGAUCAUCCAGUUCGUAAAUUCAUGGGACACUGCAAUGAUCUGGAUAGAGCACUGACCAGGUGCUUAAAGGCAGAGAGGAAAAAGAAACAAGAAGCAAACUUUGCUAAAUCAAGAGGUUUCCAGAGGCUCUCUCAACAGAAGACGGAACAAUCUGAGUAGAAUCAGGGAAACUACUCUCUUAUGGACGUGUAUGUUCUGUAACUCACCAGUCUGAAAUGUGAAGGGGUGUUCAGGAGGUGUAUGAUAUAGUGCAUGUCCUACAUUCACAGACUGGUGGGUUGUGUUAUACAUGGGAGUACUUUUUAAAUGU